AUGACACUGGACGACGCAAAGUUCCUCGCCCUCGCAUUCGAGGAGGCGAAAGCUGGCUAUGAGGAGGGUGGCAUCCCUAUUGGCGCCGUCCUCGUGUCGAAAGAUGGCAAGGUCCUCGGUCGUGGACGCAAUAAGCGGGUUCAAGAGGGCAACAACAUUCUCCAUGGUGAGACGUCAGCACUCCAGAACGCGGGCCGGCUGGCCCCCGAAGCCUACAAGGGCGCAACUAUGUACACGACGCUGUCUCCCUGUGACAUGUGCACUGGUGCUUGUCUCCUAUUUGGCAUCCCACGCGUCGUGGUCGGUGAAAAUAAGAGCUGGCUGGGCGGAGAAGCCUAUCUCAAGUCCAGGGGCGUCGAGGUCGUGGUUAUGGAUGACCCGCAGUGCCUUGAGCUGAUGCAAAAGUUUAUGACUGAGAAGCCCGAUGUUUGGAACGAGGACGUUGGAGGUAACUUGGAGGGUGUUGGGCAUUAA